UCAACAUUUCUAUACAAGGCAUUAAAUAAAAAAAUUUCAUUCCUUAAAUAAAAUCCCAAGAGUAGCAUCGGACGUAUCAUGCUAUAUAGACACAAAACAAAGGAAUUGCGCCUCUCUUUAAUUUGUUACAAGGAGAGGUGGGGAAGAAGAGAGACAGGGAAGCCGCCAUGAGUACUUCGGCCGGAUCUGUUCUCAGUGCAUCAGCAGAGCCCUUUGAGCACGACCCUGACCCACGUUGUCUGUUCCUCACGUUUUCCAAUGGUUAUCCCCUCUCACAGUUCCAGAUCUUCACUUUCUUCAACUGUAUGUUCCCAUGUGCUGUGGAGGAAGUGUUUGUGAACGACCCUUGGGAAUCAGGCAUGUUGGGUAAGAAUGGCUUGUUUGGGAAAGUGAGGUUCAAGUAUUCCAACAUACCAAACAUUGUGAUGGGCCCUAACGAGAAGGUGUUUUUUUCCGUCUAUGGGCGUCCUAUGAUCUGCAGAAGGUUUAUCAGUAAGAGUUUGAGAACCGGCGACGAUGAAGCAGCAGCCCUCGGUGAUGGUCGUGAGUGAUUUGGGAUUCGAGUUGAUGAGGUGAAACCCUUUUGUUGUAUGUAUCAAUGAAAGGCUUAGUUUCUUGAAUAAACUCCGUUGUUGUUGUUGGUUUUUUCUUCUAUUUCAUGAAUAAGGGAGGAUCGUCCAUUCUUGUGGAACUGAUCAUCACCAUGUUUAUCUUUUUACAGAGAUUUUAUCUUGUGGUUGACAAACUAUUUUGCAAUAUGUUUUAUUCUAAGUGGUUG